UUAAUCUACAUCUUGCUGGAGGCUAGCAGGGUUGGACCUUUGGGCUGUUCUACGCGUGUACCGGCAGUCGGGGGAAUUGUAUUGGCUUGAAAUUGCUUUGUACCGCGCUACAGUCAUGCCUCGUUUUAUUAGCCAAGCGUGGUUGCUGCAGACAUCCACGAUGCUCUGGCGUGCGAGAUGCACUGAAGUUAAAUGCCAGUGAGAUCAUGCCUGUGGACACGCAAAUUACUAUCAACGACCACAGGUCUUAACGACGAGCGAUGGUUCACUGGCCGUCAUUACGUGCAACGUGAACUGUGUUGCCUCAGUCAGAGUGUGACGAUGUGUGUCACGUUAUACAUAGGCUAGCUCUCGCCCGCUUUGGGGGAUAUUGGCCGAUUCCAAAGGUGGCCUUUGCAACGAGAGACAGCAAUGCGUGAAUGGUGGGCGCCGUUAUCUUUCACGAUUCACCAGAACGAGACCACCUCCGUCUGGGGGAGGCGAAGAGGUGAGAGGCCGACCAAUCCGGCUUCGGCCGGCAACCUCGUGGCUCUACCGAUCCUGCUGCUGGUCCUGGGCAUGCCGUCCCACCACCGCGAGGGAUACCUGUGGCUGUGCGCUGCGGGCACGGUGAGCGAGUACCUCCAGGAGAACUCCACCCGGGGGAGCGAGCUGGACGGUUACGCCCCACCGCCCCAAGUCGCCACCAGCAGGGGCAGGCUUCUCCCGACCAAUUUGGUAGGGGAUGUUUCCAAGGUGCCUUCGGUACGCGAGUCCAACAGUGCGAUUUACAAUAACGCUGAUAAUAUGCAAGACGCCUUACGGGGCAGCAGCGCGCGACAUGGCGCUAAUGACGGUUCGCAGAUACAUAUUUUCAGGAGAAAAUCUCCAAGUAAGACACGGAGGAAUCGCCGAGGGGCGGCCGACCCCGCUAUGCCCACAGUAUCACCCACCUAUUGGACAGCACAGCCCACACAAGUUUCUUCGGAGCAAAGUCUGUUUUUCCGAACCGUUGAUUCUUUCACCCUUGUGCCUGAUGCACGCAAGGCAAGUAUGCAGUUUCAUUCCGAUUCCGGAACAAGUUAUGCAAGAACUAGCGGCAGUCUACCGCCGACUACGCCCAUCCUCGAGGAAGCCACAUCACACCCAUGGCAGGGGGGUCUUUCUAGCCGGCCAAAUUAUUCCGCCUCCCCUUCCCUCCCAGCCGGCAUGUCCUCUGCACACCCAUCAAAACCCAGCCAUACCCCUACGCGUUGGUCAACCUCAGCCACCCUGCCGACCCCGGCGACGGAUCUCGCCGACGUCACGCCAGCUCCCCGGGAGACCAUGGAGGAGACGACCGUCGCUACUCAGCAUGACUCGAAAAUGCCGGGAACGAGUACAUCAAGCCCGUUGUCCACGGUCGGAAAUGUCGUCUCGGGCUCUUUUCAGCCCGGGACCGACCUCGCCAGAGCUCCCGCGACCCAGGGGGAAUUGUCAGCGGAAACGCAAGCUACAAUGACUCCGCACGCGCCUUCCACCGAGGUGCUUUUUAACAACUCCGUUACAUCAACGACACGAGCGGGAGUCGACCUCGAGGGUCCUCAAGGAGGCGGUGCUGAGGGCCCAAAGAACAAGCAGAGCAACGAGAGAGUUUACACGAUCGUGACUCGGAUCAAAACCCAGCCGUCAAUUCUGAUCAUCAUGCCGUGCCUCGUGGGACUGGCGCUGCUCGGCCUCGUGGCGGCGGGCAUCAAGCGUUGCGUCCUCCAUCGACGGCUGGCCCACAUGGUGGAGCUAGUGGACCCGGAAAAGUUGAAGCAAGAUAAGGGGUACACCAUAGAGAAUCCCAUGGUUAAAACCAGACGCUCCUACCUCGAACGGCAGAUGGACCGGACUCUCCGGAAGGUCAACAAAACGGAGAGCACCAACAGCAGCAACAGCAGCCGAAACACAGCCAACAGCAAGAGGGACGCCAAGGUGCACAUGGAGAUAGCCACCAUCUCCGACGGCUCACUGCGCCGGCCAGGCCGGCCGCUGCACCGGUCAGCCUCGGAGAGGGUAGCGCCCACGUGGCGGAGGAGCAGCGCGGGGUACACGCCGUCCUUGCGGGCCGAGUGCCGCUGCUGCUGCCGCUGCGCGGUGUGCGGUCGGAAAGGCCGCCCUCUCCGAAACGGCAGCGUGCCACUGGAGUCCAGCACCGCGACUACAAGACUUUGAUAUAUAUAUAUGACUCAAGGGGUCUUCCAUCACUCUGUUUGGCCUCUGUCUCAGGUUUCGUCUGAAUGUUUACCCCUGACUUUAAGCUUAUUAGCUCAAUAAUAAGUCAGAUUGUGCCAAAAAACAUCGAACUACAGGCAACAGAGCCAAAGUUUCACUUUUAAUACUGUAUACCCCGGUUCUGGGAUCGAUUUUUGAGACGAGGCUUCAGACAGAAGUCAAGCUGAGUCUUUGAAAAACCGCCUUGAAUGCACGGCCCAGGCACGCCAUAAGAGGAGCCCUCUAUCGUCAGAAUUUGCGACAGAUGCGUGGGACUUUUUAUUUUCUUUUGUGCUAUUCAACGUGAAGAUCAAAGAUUCUAAUUGCUAUUUUUUUCUUCAACUUUUUUUACAUUUGAUUUUGUAAAUAAAAACCAAAACGAAUUAUGCAGUAAUAUAUUUUUCUACUCUCUUCAAGGUCUGUCAGUAGUGAUAUACAAUAUGUGAAAUCUACAAUUACUUUAAUGUGCCUGUUGAGGCGACAGUUGCAUUGCCAUUGGUACUCCAGGCCGAAAUGAAUUGGAGGAGAGUGUAUUUAAUAUCAAACUUUAUCAAAUACGGUUGCAACUGAUUCUCAUACUUUCAAUAAAGCAUACAUCUGAAAACUUGCCACCGAACAUGGUAGGCUGAACGGUUUCCUUUUCAGAUGUGACUUCUUGCCUGUAACUGAGUAUUCACGCCUGGAAUAUCUUGUCGACAUGUUGCAACUCACAGACCCGGGGCGGCAGAGGAGGGCCAUAAUCUUGGACCCAAAAUGGUCAAUAAUGUACGCCUUAGGUUCUCCCAAGUUCAGUGUUCUGGAUCAAACUAAUUUUAAAUUGGAUCGAGGUUCUGCAAUCAGAAUGAACUCGUUUUUUUGAACUCGGUCAGCUUAAACACCCAUCUUGAAUGGUGGAUGUACCCUCGUCGUUGGUGGCGCUGUAUACAGCGUGGACUUUAUAUAUUGUAGUUCCCUUCCAUCCCUUGUUUGUGGAGUACUUUACCUCUGCGUCGUUUCCAGCUUUGACUUCGUCUCUAAACCUCCAGACAAUUAGACAAAAAUAAUAACCUCUCCCAACAUUUCAAGAUGUGCUUUGCGUCGGGGAGAUGUAAACAUUUAAUAACAGUCUUUGGCCCCUUACACCGACCUAUAUUCAUGAGCGAGCUUGUAAUUUGUAAGCUCUCAGAUAAUCACCGAGCACACAGUGUUAUGAAUAUACUUCGGUGUAGGGGUAAACCCAGUUAUUAAAAAUUAAUUACUUUCCAAACAUUGCCUUCGUGGUCCCGGAGGUUUGAUUUAGUCGAGAAAGUGGAAAGGAUAUAGAGAGCUUAUUCAUCAAGUUGGAGGCCAAGGCGGUAAACGAAACUAGGUGCGGUCUACGUUUAUUUUGAGACCUGGUACGUUCAGCGGCUCUACGAAUGCCAGAAAGAAACAAAAAAUAGUGAAUGAGUGAACAUUCCAAUCAAUCUUGCGUUUGUAAUACGAUUAUAACAUCAACAAUGCUUUCAAAUAAACAACGAUUUACGAUGACGA